GGCGUACUACACCGCGCUGAUCAACGUGACGGUGCUGAGCCCCGAGCGGGGCGGCCCCACGCUGCUGAGGAUCGACCGCGGCCGCUACGGGCAGGAUUCCCCCAAGGUGGAGGUCAAGGGCCUGCUGGUGACUCCCGUCCCCAUCAACGGAGUUGCAGAUCGCCUGGGCUGUGACCCUCGAACACGUUUCCAGGUUCCACCAAACACCAAGCAGUGGAUUGCUUUACUACAGCGAGGAAACUGUACGUUUAGAGAGAAAAUACUGCGAGCAGCUUCACAUAAUGCCACAGCUGUGGUCAUUUACAACAAUAUAUCCAGUGAAGAACCUGUCACGAUGACUCAUCAAGGAACUGGAGACAUUGUUGCUGUCAUGAUUACAGAAUCAAAGGUUAAGGAGAUCCUGAAUUACUUGGAAAAGAAUAUUUCUGUCCUGAUGGCAAUUGCAGUAGGGUCCCGUGUUCCUCCAAAAAACUUCAGUCGGGGCUCUCUAGUCUUUGUGUCAAUAUCAUUUAUUGUUUUGAUGAUCAUUUCUUCAGCAUGGUUAAUAUUUUACUUCAUCCAGAAGAUCAGGUACACCAGUGCACGUGACAGAAAUCAGCGUCGUCUUGGAGAUGCUGCCAAGAAAGCCAUCGGUAAACUGACAACCAGGACAGUAAAGAAGGGUGAUAAGGAGACAGACCCAGACUUUGAUCACUGUGCUGUCUGCAUUGAGAGUUACAAGCAGAACGAUGUUGUUCGCAUUUUACCAUGCAAGCAUGUUUUCCACAAAGCCUGCGUGGAUCCAUGGCUUAGUGAGCACUGUACGUGUCCAAUGUGUAAACUGAACAUUUUGAAGGCACUGGGAAUUGUGCCAAACGUGCCAUGUACAGACAACGUGGCCUUUGACAUGGAGAGGCUGACCAGAGGCCAGCCCGCCAGCAGGCGCCCGGCGCUCGGCGACUUCUCCAACGACAGCUCCCUGAGCCUGGAGCCCCUGCGCACCUCGGGCAUGUCGCAGCUUCCCCAGGACGGAGAGCUAACGCCGAGGGCAGGGGAGAUCAACAUUGCUGUGACAAAAGAAUGGUUUAUUAUUGCCAGUUUUGGCCUCCUCAGUGCCCUUACACUCUGCUACAUGAUCAUCAAAGCCACAGCUAGCUUGAAUGCUAAUGAAGCAGAAUGGUAUUGAAGAAACGCUUCCCGGCCCAUUGCCCUGGAGAGAGACACCUAUUUUUAUGCAUCAUUUAUCGAUCAUGCAGCACAAGCAAUUUAGUACAUUCUAUUUUUUCAUAAAAUUUGCUGAUGCCAAAGCUUUGUAUUAAGGAAAAAGUGAAGAAAUAAAAAAAAAUCCUUUAAUUAUGA